GACCAACGAAAUUCUAUUCGAAUAUGUACGUGUAAAAGUGUUUGUAGUUCAUUUAGUUAACUAUGUUGGCACUGACAUUUGUGAAUUGUUAUUCGACACUUUAACCUAGAAAGUGAGUUGCAAAUUGAUUUUUAUUAUCUGUAAUAAAUUACAGAUAUCGUAUUAUUCUUUAUUCGUCUAAUUUCUGAAACACCAAAGCAUGCAGGUGGACAAGGAGAAACUAAAAGAAAAAUUGACUCCUCUUCAGUAUCACGUUACACAAGAAAAAGGAACAGAAAGGCCCUUUUCAGGAUGUUACAAUAAGUUUUAUGAACCUGGUACUUACGUUUGCAUAGUAUGUGAACAGAUUUUAUUUAGUUCAGAUACUAAAUAUGACAGUGGCUGUGGAUGGCCAGCUUUUAAUGAUGUUGUAGACCAGGGUAGAGUAAAAUUGUCACCAGACACAAGCGGAGUCGGAGGAAACCUACUACUCCUCAUAUCCCAACCAGGGCGCAUAAGGACGGAGGUGACGUGUUCCAAAUGUGGCUCCCACUUAGGACAUGUAUUUGAUGAUGGUCCGGCUCCCACAAAGAAGAGAUUCUGUAUAAACUCAGCCUCUAUUAACUUCGUUCCCGAUGGAAAAACAAAGAGUGAUAGCUAGUCGUUUGUUAUUAAACUACCAUUACAAGUAAUUACGUGGAUAUUAAAAUGGAAAUAAGUCAGGUUGCAUUUUAUGCCUUAUAAAAGCAGAUAGUUUGUAACAUGAUGAACUUUGCAAACAUGCAGUAA